GCUUACUGACUAGAACUGCAGCAGCUCCGAGUUAUUCAGACACCUGUACACAGUGAACAGAUUAAGGAGAAAUGCCGGCCUCCUCCUCUCUCAGUCACUGAAAGUUGCGAGGGAUGGGGGAGGAGCCUAGGAGGAAGGAGGAAGAGAUGACGGAUCGCUGCUUAAUGAACACUGCUCCUGCCUGCCCUGUGUGUGCUUGUGCCGAUGCUGCUCCGUGCCCCUGGGCUUCUGACUGCAGCUGCUGUGAGCCGUGAGGAGCUGGAACAGUGUUCUUUGGACAUGCUUUCUGGAGUACUGUAGAGUAGAGGCCUCCCUCCCCUGAUGCCCCGCAGGUAAAAGUUAAAGAACACGUGGGCAAAGAGGUGAGGUCAUUACAGUUCUCCAGCCAUGGAAGUGGAUAAACAUUCUGUGUGGGAUUCCCUAAAAGAAAAGACUCGUCCUUUAAUUCAGAACUUGUCAAUAAGAAAAAGCAAGAAAAGCUCAGUCAAAGUAGAUAUCAGCAAAAGGCGAAAACUGGGUCAUCGGAUGAGUCUGUCUGUGCCUAAUAUGAAGGAAAUUGGAUGUACAGCGCAAGAAGAGAAUGAUUUUAUAGAAACUCAGGUGUCUGCCUGCUCAGUCUCCAACCGCCAUUCAUCACCUAUGCUCUUUCACAGCAGACAAAGGGAAUAUGUUAAACAAUCCAAAGAAACCAGCACUUGGGUUCAAGAGGACAGCGUACAUAUGGAAAUUAUAGUGACUGAGUAUGAUGAUGUGGACUGUUCACCAUCGGGACCCAAGAAGGACACCUGUGAGGAUAAUAUAUUGGACUUGCUGCAGAAGGAAUGCUUAGGUGAUGAUCCAUCUGAUCAAAAGCCUGAGGAACGUUCAGGGAGCAUUGAUCUGAAUUCCUCAUUGGCAUCCCAGCUUUCCGCCGAGCUAAGUGGUCUUGAAAACUAUGAAAGCCUCAGCACUCUGCCCAGUCUUCUGUCUUAUCUCUUGACCAUCCACCUGAAAGAAGGACGGAAUUUAGUAAUCAGAGAUCGCUCAGGUACCAGUGACCCAUAUGUCAAGUUUAAACUCAAUAAGAAGACCUUGUACAAAAGCAAGGUCAUCUACAAGAAUCUGAAUCCAGUUUGGGAUGAGACUUUUGUGUUACCAAUCCAAAGCCUUGACCAAAAACUACACAUCAAGGUGUAUGACCGAGACUUGACAACAGAUGAUUUCAUGGGAUCUGCUUUUCUAGAGCUUCAAGACCUUGAACUUAACAAAACUACAGAAAAAGUAUUCCAUUUAGAAGAUCCAAAUAGCUUGGAGGAAGACAUGGGCAUAAUUAUGGCAGAUGUUAGCCUUUCUAUCAGGAGGAGAGACCCCAAAGACACUGGAAGAUCCUCACGGAGGAGGCUUGGUGCUUCUAAGACAGAUCUUUACAGGAGGAAUAGAUUAUGGUUCGAAUGCAGAAAUAGUACUUUUUCUUCAUCCCUAACAACAACCUCUUUGCAAGGUGUGCCUGUAGCAGAAUCACUUCGGAAGAACCAGCUGUGGAACGGAACAGUGAGCAUUACUUUGCUGGAGGGGCGAAACCUUUCCGAAGGGCUCACAUUGGAUUCUUUUGUGAGGUUUAAGCUUGGAGACCAAAAGUACAGAAGCAAGACUCUGUGUAAGAGUGCAAACCCACAGUGGAGGGAGCACUUUGAUUUCCACUACUUCUCUGACAAGAUGGGCAUUUUGGAUAUUGAAGUGUGGGGGAAAGAUAACCGAAAACAUGAAGAAUUGGUGGGGAUGUGUAAAGUGGAUAUUGCUGGGUUACCUCUCCAGCUGAACAAUCGAUUGGUGCUGCCUUUGGAGAAUAACCAAGGAUCAAUACAUAUGAUGGUAGCUCUUACACCCUGUGAUGGAGUCUCCAUUUCUGAUCUGUGUGUCUGUCCCUUGGUAGAUCCAGCUGAAAGGAUGCAGAUAAAUAAAAGAUAUAAUGUAAAAAGCUCCUUCCAGAAUCUAAAAGAUAUUGGCUUUUUGCAAGUUAAAGUACUCAAAGCAGAAGACCUUUUGGCAGCUGAUUUUUCAGGGAAAAGUGAUCCUUUUUGCGUCCUGGAGGUGGGAAAUGAUAGGCUUCAGACUCAUACAGUAUAUAAAAAUCUCAACCCAGAAUGGAACAAAGUAUUCACUUUCCCCAUUAAAGAUAUCCAUGAUGUUUUGGAUGUUACUGUCUUUGAUGAAGAUGGGGAUAAGCCGCCUGAUUUUCUGGGAAAAGUAGCAAUUCCAUUGUUAUCUGUAAAACCUGGGCAGCAGGUAGCUUAUUCACUAAAAAAUAAAGAUUUGGGCAGCGCAUCGAAGGGAGUCCUACAUUUAGAAAUUGAUUUAAUUUUCAACCCGGUGAGAGCAAGUAUUAGGACGUUUAUUCCCCGAGAAAAGCGCUUUGUUGAAGAGAACCCCAAGUUUUCCAAAAAGAUCUUAUCACGAAAUAUUUACCGUGUCAAAAAAAUCACCUUGGCAAUCUGGAAUACAGUCCAGUUCAUCAAGAGCUGCUUUCAGUGGGAGUCCAAAAAGAAAAGUUUAAUCGCUUUCCUGGUGUUUUUGUUAACCAUUUGGCACCUGGAGCUUUACAUGGUUCCCCUGUUCCUGCUGCUCCUCUUUGCUUACAACUUCACCAUGAUCACAACUGGGAAGGUCAGCACUCAGGACAACCUGGAAGGAAUGGACAUUGGUGAUGAUGAUGAAGAUGAUGAAAAAGAAUCUGAAAGAAAGAGCAUCAGAGACAGAAUUCAGAUGAUACAAGACAUUGUUAUAACGGUUCAGAAUGUCUUGGAAGAACUCGCUUGCUUUGGUGAACGGAUUAAAAACACUUUUAACUGGAGUGUUCCGUUCCUGUCACUACUUGCCUGCUGUAUUUUGAUGAUUGCCACAGUGCUCCUGUACUUUGUGCCAUUAAGGUACAUUGUUCUAAUCUGGGGCAUCAAUAAAUUUACGAAGAAGCUGCGUAAUCCCUAUGCCUUAGACAACAAUGAGUUCCUAGAUUUCCUCUCCAGGGUGCCAUCUGAUGUCCAAAAGGUGCAGUAUGCUGAAUUAAAACCUUGCAGUAACCAAGGUGCCCUCAGGAAGAAACGGAGUUGAUUGUAGAGAAGAUGACAAGCAUUGAGAUUUAUUUAAAAAAAAACAAAAAACUUUUCAUUUUUGUAGAAUCAACACUAAUUCCUAAUCUUAAACUUGGACUUUUUGGAGAAAAAAAAAGCCAUAUCUAGCAAUGAAUGGGGAACUGUCGUUGAACCUUUUCUAUUCGACAGACCUGAGUCCACCAAGGUUUUUCAUUGGUAGACUCCAGUUUCAGCUCAAGCACCUUGAAUGGAGUUUCCCCAGAAUACAGUAGUAAGGAGAAUAGGGGAACAAAUGAAAGCACCGUGGUGAGAUGUGAUGUGUUUUAUGUUUUGUAACAACGUCUUUUUUUUUGUAUUUAUUUUUGUAAAGGGAAGGCCGACGACUGCACCAGCCAGAUGCAACAUUAUUGCCUUAAGUGUCAAGUGCUGAGCACAAAUAUCUGAUGCUGCCCACCGUGUUUUUUUUUUUGUUUUUUUUAAAUCCACAAUGCACCAGUACUUCCCAGAAUUCCAACAUAAUUGUGGGCACCUAUAAAACAUUUGUGUCUGCAUUGCUAGACCUGUUACAUGGGCAUUUUCAUUUUCAAUUGCAUUAUUGAGGUACCUCAGGUUUGGUGCAGCAAUGAGGUGCAAAUCAGUUGCAUGCGUAGGUGUAACGCACUAAGCAAGGCCUGGAGGUAGCGUCUCUUCAAGGAAGAUGUUAAAUCCGGGGCUCCCAUGCAUCACAGAGCCCUGAACAUUGCACCUUUCACCUUAUUUUGAAAAAAGGAAGCGACCAGCAAAUCAGUUUUACUGGAUCAACACCAAUAUUUUUGUAAAAAGAAUAUUGAGCAAUGCACCUUGAAUUUGUAGGUUUUGUCUUUUAGUCUAAUUGGUAGAAAAAUGCAGCAGUGUAUGAUGUGCUGGUUACAUGUUUGGUGACUUGGUAGUAUAACCAAACAAACAGAAAUGCCACUUUCCUGUGAUGUGCAAAAUACUCCCUAAAAGGACACUGCCACCUGCAGGAUUGGAGUGAAUGGUUUAAUAAUUAAUAUUCUCCGCUGUUUGUAUACAGAAUUAAUGCAUUUGCACCUUAAUCAAGGCCAAGUUGUAUAUAUAGCAAUAUAUUGUAACAUAAAGGGGGGUGUAUGUUUAUAUAUGUGUAUAAGAUUAAUUUCCUUGGAGGUUACCACAGACACUACAAGUAUGUAUUAUGCCAAAGAUGCAGUUACAUUGUGGGACUAGAAGCCAUAACUUUGUUCUCUUUGUAUCUAUACAUAAAAGCACAGUAUACAUUCUAAUGAAGACAUAACCCUGUUUCUAAAGGUUUGGUUUUUAGCAAGGUUUUUAGUGAUAUCUUGGAAAUUUGAGUACUGUUAAAUCUUCACUAAAUGCCAAAGAUUUUAAUAUUUUUGUAAUACAAAAAUGAACCUUUUUUUAUAAAAAUAUUUAUCUCAAGUGUGUGGCAAAAACAGUGCUGUUAUUUGGCCAUAGUACAGGCCAGACAUAGUGUGGAGAAAUAUUAGGAGCUAGGACUCCCAACAGCAUUUACAGAAGCCAUUUAGCAGUGAAUAAACUGCUUCUGAUUAUUACAUUUGAACAGUAGGUCCUGUCUAAAAAUGUGUUCAUUCUGUGCCAUUGUGUGUGCAAUAGGGAUAAGAUUCGUAGUUCUGGGGCCAUAGAUUUAUCUACACAAACCAAACAAUUAAAAGAAAAGUAGUUAAUUUUUUUAACUAAUGUAAAUUAAAAAAUUUAGAGCAAAUUUGAUGUUUUUUUCCCAGUGGGAAAAAAAAGAUGAAAAUCUGCUUUUGUGAAUUUAAACCACAUUACUUCCCGGGUUGUACAGUUUGUACCACCUGGGGGAAAAAAUAUUAAUGAUAUACGUGUCAGUCUUUAAGAGAAUGUGAUUAUUAACUGUAAAGAUAAAACAAAAAAAAUGCUAUAAAUUUUAAAUGUAUAGUUUUGUCAUUAGUAAGACCUGUAUUUUUGUACCAAAUAAAGAUAUUUUUAUUGUAAAGGAGAAUUUAUAUGCAGUGAAAGCAACACAGUAAAACCUUUAUUACAAGG